CCGGAACCCAAAAUAUAUUUCUUCCAAAAUGAAUAACAAAAUUACAAAGUCCAAAUUUACGCCCCCUGUGACACCUCCUCUAAAGGGAAAAACAGCCGCAGCCAAGCAGCGCACCGACGAGGAGAACAUUUUUGGUUGCAAGUUCGAAGUCUUUGGGAAGGUUCAGGGCGUCUACUUUAGGAAGCACACAAAUAACAAGGCAAAACAGCUGGCACUGGUCGGGUGGUGCAUGAAUACUGAUGAGGGUUCGGUAAAGGGUGUCAUGGAAGGAAGUUUGGAGAACAUAAUUGAAAUGAAGCACUGGCUGCAGCACAAGGGCAGUCCUCGUUCAGUGAUCCAAAAGGCUGUCUUCUCGGCGAACGAGCCUUUGGUCAGCUCCAACUUCGAGACUUUCUCAAUACGACGCUGAUGCAGUCCCUCGCACAGAGUCCGGCAAUAGUUCUGGCCCAUAA